AUGGAGGUGUGCAUCCAAGACGAAGUAGAGCCUGAGGGUCCGCUAGUGCCCGGCCAGGAGGAUUCCCUGGCUCAGGGAGCGACGGUCGUCCCGAUCGGCAUCAAGGAGGAAGGUGGGGCUGGCUCGUUCAGCGAUGCCGACGACCUCCUGUCGAACCCGACCAGCGACGACAUCACCACUGCCACUACCACCGAGCCGAAGAAGAGGAAGAGUAGGCAGUCCACGGUAUCGUCCAGCGGCAGCGACGAAGGAUCGUCGGCGAGUUCGUCGUCGCGUGGGUCCAAGGCCUCGACCAAGCGAAGCGGGAAGAAGGUGAGGAGGAGGAAGCGAGGACUCGGCGAUGCCCAGUGCUCGUCAGCGCCUGCUGGUCUUCUUGUCGACAACAACGACCACCACGGCGGCGAUGACGUCCGCGCCAGCCUCGGGGCCACCCUGGAUCAGGGCGGCAGCGCCCCGGUGCAGGCCGUGCGCGAAAUAGCGGACGACGACAAUCAUUCUUCAUCUUCAUCGUCUUCAUCUUCUUCAUCUGGUGGAGGCGGGCCGAGGCCUCUUGGGAGACGCAACUCGGCGCCGGAGGUGGCCAAGCAGGAGACGAAGCGGGUGAGCAUCCCGCUGCUGGGUCGUCGCCUGCGUCUCGACAUCAAGUUCGGCCACGAGAUCGUCCACAAGGAGCCCAAGGCCGACGUCGAGCACCACCACAGCAAGGGCGAAGAGGAGAAGAAGGUGAAUCCGAAGAACAACAACAGCGCGCCGGCGGCGGUCGAGAAGGAGAGCCAGGUGCAGGCCAAGCAGCACGACACAAACGAAGAAGGACACCAUCAGCAUCACCAUCACAACCCGUUCCACUUCCUCUCCAACCUCUUCCAUCAUCAUCAUCACCACCAUCAUCAGCCCGAACCGGCAGCAGCAGUUGAGAAGGGCAGGAUGUCGGACGAGCACCCGGUGGUACCACAGCCCCACAACGUCGCCCCCAAGGUGGAGGUCAUGGCUUAG